UCGCCCGUUAGUGUUCUACAGUCACUUCGUCUUGUAUGUCGAUCGAUAAAUCGUCUUAUUGCUCGUAAUUGGAAUCAUCUUCCACCACGCCAGAUCGCUACGGUGGCAGUUCUUCAGGACUCUUUUAUAUCAGACAAUGACUUUCUUUAUAAAAAAUGUAUUUCUCGUGAGCUCGACAGUUUCUACGGUGCAACGAUCUCACUGUUGUACUUCGAUCAGGUUGAAGUGACAUGGGCCAUUUUCCAACUGCUUUCACGUGCUCUGAGAAGAUCGCGAAUCACGGUUGUUGUGUUGGCUGCUAAUAACUCCAAAUUUACAUGCAAUGCGAACGAUUUCGCUGAAUUCCUCAAGACGCAUCAUGUCGACAGAAUGGUUAUCAAAAUGAGACGAGUGGACGAUUUCUCGAUGAAAUUAUGGCGAGAUCUGAAAUAUGAGCACCUGUCAUGUUUCGUACUUCACGCAGGAGCAGGGAACACAUGGAUACUGGAGAGAAUCCGGCACGCAGAGUUUUCAUUCAAGGACUUCCAGCGAGUACUGUUUCUGCGAAUGCAUCAGCGAACUUGUUAUAUUCAUGAGUUUUUGAAAAAGCGAAGUUUGAAAGGCAAAGACUUCAUGGAUGGGAAGCUGAACAUAGAAUUUCUGCGUGUUCAAGGACGUAUCGACUGGGCAGAUGCCGAUGCAGCAAGACGAGCAUUAUCUUUACGAGACCCGCUGUUCGAUAGUUUUAUGCUGGAGAAUCCAAAUGGUCAACGUCUGCGUACCUACUGCUCAACGGGUAGUGUAUCACUUUACCGUGAUGUUACACAUGAACUUCCUACCGUUGGUACAACGCUCAGCUAUCCUUUACGACUGGCAUUCCUA